AAAGUCCACAGCACAACUGCAUUACCCAGUAGAGAACCAAAUCAAAGUACGCUAAAAGCAGCACAAGCAGCUACUAAACAAAACGUUUCAAAUUGUUUGUUCAUUUAAGCAAAACAGCAAACAGAUGGCGAGCAGAGUAGGAGGACGAGUAGUGCACUUCGCAAAUCUUCCUAUCAAACUCUUAAUGCCAAAAACCUUCAACAACAUUGAAGAAUUCGCCUUGAAAACAAUUCCCUCUGCCUCCAAAAUCGAAAUCAAACGCGUACUCGAAUCUCUUUACGGCUUCGAAGUCGACAAAGUCCGCACACUUAACAUGGAAGGCAAAAAAAAGAAACGCGGUGGAUUUCUAGCAGCAAAACCAGACUAUAAAAAGGCGUAUAUUACUUUGAAAACCCCGCUUUCGAUAUCUCCUGAUCUGUAUCCUGUUCGGAUUAUUGCAGAAGAUAAAGAGAGAAUGAAUAAGGAGAGGAAGUCUAGCAUUGUGGAUGAUGGUGAAGGGAAAAAACAUUGGCUUGAUGAUAAAAAGAAGAUGAAAAAUGAGAGAUUUGGGAAUGAGAAGAGAAAUUCGAGAGGAGGUCGUGAUUUUCAUGUGGAGAAUGCUAAUGCUAAUUCUAAGUUUCCAUGGACCAGCAUGAGGACUUCUAGGUAGCUUUUAUCUUUUUUGAUUUUAUGUUAUGUUUUGAUUAAUUUAGGGUGUUUGUUGGAUCUUAUGUUUGGCACUGUUUGGCCUGCUAUAUGAUAUGAACAAGUAUUGUACUCCUUUUUUUUUGGAUUAGCAAUUUGAUUACAGUUGAACCUGUUGGGACCUUUAGGUAUAUUACAUUAUUUAUGAGCUUCCUGCAGAUUGAAAUUAUA